AUGCUACCCUCAAAUUCUCCUCUCGCAAAACACUCCCUUUCGCACACCCGCCGUCCAAGCAACUCACGAACUUCUAAAAGCGAUAAAUCCGCGACAAAGCCUGCGAAGCAUGGAAUAAAACAAGGUGCCUCUUCUCUGUCCAAGAGCCAGGACUCGAUGUCCGAUCUGCAUUCUGGUGCAGAGGCACCUUCACAAGACUCCAGUGAUACGGAUACAGCGCAUAGCUAUGACAGCAAGGAAUCGGACAGGCCAAAAGCAGCAUCAUUGGAUGGACGGCGUCUAUCUAAAGCGGAUUUGAAAAUUCAAGACAGGAUCGAAAUAAUCAAAGGAAGCGAGAAAAAGGCUAGACAUGGCAAAUUUGAACUUCCUACGAACACUACAGCGGAGGAAGUCGAAAGGCUAAGAGCGGCUAUGAGCGCGCAACUGCAGCUCAAUCAGCAUCGUGACAGACUGGCAAGACAAUUAGGAGGCGCUACGGGAGAGAAGGAGACUGCUGGGACUAUCACUCCAACUGGGAAGUCAAGAGUUUCUCCUAUUCACGAAGAGACCAUAUCUCCAUCCUUAGAAGAAGCCUUUGCGACUCCUAUAAAUGCUGGUUUGGAAACAACAUCAACAGAAUCAGCCAGGACUAUCCGAGGUGGAAUCACGCCCGGGCUUAUGGCAGCUAGAACACCUUCAUAUCCUUUCCCGCCCAUGCGAACUCCAGGACAGUUGAGCUUUAAUGGACAUAAACCGUUCACAGCUUUGUCCCCUACAGUAAACCCCUCGAACUAUGCAGGUGGCUCCUUCAACUCUGGCUUACAGGACCGAGUUCUAUCUGGCUCAAGUACUCCGGCUUCCACGAUGAGAUUUCAGCCUACAGAAACGUCUGAAUCGCAAGGGGAUCCUAACUUCGAAGCGCCUAAUCUCUACGAUCUGAGUCUCAUGCUAUCUUCUGAGCCUGGCCUUGAUCCGUGGUGGACGACGGUUGUUGAGAUCAUGAGGAGCAUCUAUCACGCGCACAGAGUGACUCUAUCUGUACCGGCUGAUCCCACCGAUGUCGAGAAUGUUCCUUGGGGGCAGAAAGCAACAUUUAAUGCUGUGGGGGAAGACGAGUUAAGCCUCGCAUAUCUGCCACGGGGAAGCAGCCUAGUUCCCAGCAGUGGUGAUACUAACGAUACCUCAAAUUCAGAAGAUACAAAUCAGAUGGAAGAGGCUUCGCCUAUAUACGGCAGUCCAUUGCGGCCCGGGCUUCAGAGUAGACAUUCCUUUACGGCGUAUGAAGAUACUAAACGGGAUCCGAUUUCGACAUCCUUGGUGGCCAGAGCAGCAAGGCCCAGUCCGUUGACCAGAGCAAAAAGUUACCUCUCUGCACGUCCAGACCUCCCACCUCGAACUGCGACUCUCCAAAAUGCAGAGCUUAGCCUUCAAUCUCUCCAAGAACAUAUGGCUUUUGAAGACGCAAAACGUCAGACAACGGAAUGGGAGAAUCGGACAGGCGCAGAAAGAGAUGUCAAAGGCAGAAUUUUCUCGGUCCUACAAGCCUUGGAUUACGAAGCUGAAUCUCUUAUUGAUAAUAGAGGUGUUUCUCGGGUGGUGGAGCGUGGGAAAGUCAUCGCACUCACUCGUGACUAUCCAUACGUGGAGACUUCCAAGGAUGAGAAAAGUGGCAGCAGCAAAUCAUCAAAUCCAGGUAAUAGAUCCAAAGGCGUACCUAUUGAUGAACAAAAAACCCCUCAGAUGCCAGAUAUAGGCUCACGGGUCUCCUCGUUCUUUGGCGGUAGAUUAAGAAAAUCAAGCAGCCCACGUACUUUAAGCGAGAAAGGAAAAGGUUUCUCGAUGAGGGCAGUUGAAGAUGUAGAGGGUCAAGCUUUCCCGAGAUACGAGGAGUACGAACAGGCUCCACCUUCACCGUGGUCUCAAUCGCCAGCGCCAUCUCCAGCGGUGAGAGUGGAAACCUCCGACAACCCAUUCUUUGCAAACAUCCCGAUCGAUGAAGAGACAUUCAAUCCUCAGCCUGCGCCUGCUGAUUACGCCGACUUACCUCCACCUCAAACAAUCGGCAAUGAUCGAUCCUGGACGGUGCUCCAUGUGCCUUUGAUUCAUCCAUUGCUGUCAAAGCCGGUCCAAUCGUUUCGUCUGGAUGCUGCUGCUAUGGAGUUCAAAUCUGCUGGUCGUGGGAGAGGCAACGACAAUAAUGCAAAGGAUGGAGAGGAGAGAGUCAAAGCCAGGGAUUCGAUCAAAGAGAAGCAAACGCCGAUUGCGAUUCUCUCCAUUCUGACCCCAGUGAUUCCAUAUCCUUCCACCUUGAGACGUUCUCUUGAGCAUCUGGCCCCUCAUCUUGCUACCUCAUUUUCGCUGUGCCGGCAUUUUACGAACCUAGAGACGGAGGUCUCAGGCUUAUCUCGAAAGCGUCCUCAGACUGCAGGAUUCGGCGCCGUUGCCGGUGGCCGUGUUCCCGAGGACAGACUGAGAGGAAUUCACCCAGCAUACUGGCCUACUGAGGAGAACGCAUCCCAACGGUCUGCUGCCGAUAGUAUCACGAGUCCAAGCGACUACUCAGGCGUUUCGAGAAGUACGGCUGGCUCUCCUGCUGGUACGCCUGGAUGGGACCCUGGCAGUGUGGGACUCUCUUUGGAUAAGAGAUCGAGCGGCGGGAGCCCAGUUUUCGCUCCGGGGGAAGGCUACUUCAGUAACAGAACUCGGCCAGGUGUUGGAAGAGUUGAUACUGGCUCAGCCAGUUGUAUCACCGGUGCCCGUCAGUCAUCCAAGGAAUCUUCACCAGCCGAUACGAGAUCUCAACGGUUGCCUCGCACUUCUGAGGAGAGGUCAAGAGAUCCCGAGACUCCAACAUGCGACUACGGUGAUGGGAGCCCAAAGGACAAACACAAGCAGGAUGAAAGCUCCUCCACUGACACUACCGAGAACCGAGAUGUCAGCCCUUCGAGACAGGUUCAAGAUACGCAAAUUUCUCCUCGCCGGCUUGCCAUGCGUACAGCUUCCAACCAAUGGCCCGGAAGAUCUGAAAGACAGCACACUCAGCUACACUCAUACGGAGCAGAUUUUGGCGCUACCUUUCAGUCACUGCCCGCAACUACCCCAUCUACGAAAGGCCCUUCGACUGCAAAGGCGCAAUUACAGCCAGUAACCUCUUCAGUAGCCCCUGAAUAUAUGCCACCGCCAUCAGAUCGCGUCAAGGGCAUUAUGCUCGACUCUUUGCCCAUGCACAUCUUCAUCGCUCUGCCCCCGACAGGAGAAAUGGUUUGGGUUAACAGCCGCUACCUCACAUACAGAGGACAGAGUGUCAAGGAUCUUCACGAAGACCCAUGGGCCAGCAUUCAUCCUGCAGAACGUGAAGAGUAUCUGAGAGCUUGGAGUCAUGCGAUUCGGAGUGGCGAACAAUUUUCUAUGCAGGUGCGACUGCGGAGAUUUGAUGGUGCGUAUCGCUGGUUCUACACCCGGGCCGUUGGCCUUCGAGAUAGUCGUGGGGUCAUUGUUCAGUGGUAUGGCACGCACAUGGAUAUUCAUGAUCAGCACAUUGCCGAAGUAAAGGCCGCUAGACAGGAGGAGAUAGAGGCGUCGGAGGCUAAGCACCGACUUCUCGCAAAUCUUAUUCCCCAAAUCAUUUUCUCGGCAACAGAAGACCAAGGAGUAACGUUCGCGAACCAACAGUGGCUUUCGUACACAGGUCAAGACUUCGAGGAUGCUAUGGGACUAGGGUUCAUGGAUUUCGUGCAUCCAGAUGAUCUAGCGAGAUGCCAUAUUCCGACCAGCUUCUCUCCCAUACCUUCAGUUCACGUGCCCAGAAAACCAUCGGCGCCCAGCCGAAAUCCUUCCCAAGCUUCCUCUGGGGGUAUAUCGAGCAAAUCUGUUGUUUCUGAAGCCCCAACUGAGCGGACCAUCAAGGGUGUCCACCAAUCUCUGUCUAGGACCAAUAGUUCGAGCGGUGGUUCAAUUUAUGAGUUUCCGAGUAGUGACCUAUCCGAGCUGAUGAAAGCUGGUGUGAUCAAGGUGGAGGUAGACGGCAAUGGUCGGACUUCUUAUAGCACCGAAGUGCGGCUCAGAUCCAAGUGUGGAGAGUAUCGAUGGCAUCUUGUCCGUUGCGUCGAAAUCGACAACAUCAAUCUCGGAAUUGGCAACGGCUCCUGGUUCGGCGCCUGUGCAGACAUUAACGAUCAUAAGCUGCUGGAGAUGAAACUUAAGGAUGCCAUGGAGUCGAAGAGCAAGUUCCUGAGCAACAUGUCUCAUGAAAUUCGAACUCCUCUCAUCGGUAUCUCCGGAAUGAUCACAUUCUUACAGGAUAGUCAAUUGGACGAUGAUCAAAUUGAUUUCUGCAACACAAUCGCCUCCAGUGCCGAAGGACUCCUAAAUAUCAUCAACGAUAUCCUUGACCUCGCGAAAGCUGACGCCGGUAUGAUGAAGCUCCAGUACGAUUGGUUUCAUACCCGCUCUCUGGUCGAAGAGGUUAACGAGAUGGUUUCAACCAUCGCUAUGACCAAGCACCUUGAGGUCAACUACGUGGUUGAUCCAGAAGUGCCAGACAUGGUCAAAGGCGAUAGAUUUAGAGUCCGACAAGUCCUUCUAAACGUCAUCGGUAACGCUAUCAAGUUUACGGAUGCUGGGGAGGUUUUCAGCCGAUGUACGGUGUUGAAGGAGCAGUCGGCAAAUGCGGCAGAAAAUGAAAUCAUCCUCGAGUUUUCCAUCAUUGAUACCGGCCGUGGCUUCACGCAAGAAGAGGCGGAGAAGAUAUUCAAGCCUUUCAGCCAAAUUGAUGCAAGCAGCACACGCACACAGGGAGGAACUGGCUUAGGUCUUGUCAUUUCCAGACAACUUGUCGAACUCCAUGGUGGUAUGAUGGAAGGCACUGCCACCCCAGGCAAAGGCGCAACUUUCACCUUCUCGAUCAAGUUUCAAUUGCCUACCGCUGAGGACCAUCCUCCGCCUUCCGAAAUCCACACACCAAGCACUGUCCCAUCGACCAGAGCAUCGCUUAGAUCUUUGGUGUCAUAUGACACGACGGCACGUGCUAUCCAGCAGGCAGGCGGAAACCCUAUUCUGGCCGGCAGAUUAUUUAGCUCCUCGCCAACAGCAGAAAGUCCACGUACUGAAUCCUCGAGCACCGGCUCUCAAGGGGUCAGAUCGUCGAGUAGUUCUGCUCCAUCAUUUCACUCGACUAGAUCGCAGAUUACGCAUCGUUCUUCAAGCUCUUCCCUGCCCCCAGCUUUGGCGAGUUUUGAAGAAGCAGCUCGAGUAAUCGCGACGGAUCCUUUGAGCAUGAAGUUGGAGCUUCCAGACCGUGUUUCGCCGACCUCGGUUACAGAACAGCUAUACUCGACAUCACCAAAUGCCACGCCUACUCCAACAGGACAAUUCAGUCCGCCUAAUUAUGCCCUCGACGCUAAGCUUGAUGUUGAAAUGAAGCAAUUCCGUCCGCCCAUGUAUUCGAUUCUGCUCAUCUGCCCUCAGGAGCACAGCCGGGAAGCUACAACUCAACACAUCGAGAUGACGUUGCCCAAAGAUGUCCCACACAAGAUUACCGGCUUGGCAAGCGUGGAUGAAGCUCGUACAAUGAUUGCUGGAGAGAAUCCUAUCAUCUUCACUCACAUCGUCUUGAACCUGGGCGUAAGCGACGAUAUUGUUGUUUUGGUUGAUCAGAUUAUGGGCUCGAUUUAUAUGCCUUCGACAUCGAUCGUUGUUCUUUCUGAUCCUGUCCAACGACAAGAGGUGAUGAAGAUGGCGACCGACUACAAUUAUGAGCAACUUGCAAAGGACAAUCGUCUUACAUUCAUCUACAAGCCGGUCAAGCCGUCCAAAUUUGCAGUAAUAUUUGAUCCAGACAAGGAAAGAGAUCUCAGCACAGACCGAAACCGGUUCCAAUCUCAGCAACAAGUAGCUCGCAGCAGACAGAACUACUCUGAUAUUCGAGAGCGAGUGGGUGACAGGGGUUAUCUUGCCCUGCUAGUGGAAGACAACUUAACAAACCAGAAGGUCCUACGCAAGUUCCUGGACAAGAUUGGUAUUCGGGUUGAGGUAGCCUUAGACGGUGUCGAGUGUACAGACAAAGUCUUUUCAAAGCCCCAUGGCUUCUACUCUUUGAUUCUGUGCGAUCUCCAUAUGCCGAACAAAGACGGCUAUCAGACCUGCCGCGAAAUCCGGGCUUGGGAGCGCAAGGAAAAGCAUGCACGGAUGCCCAUACUCGCCCUCUCCGCCAACGUCAUGGCAGAGGUCAAACCCCAGUGCGAUGCCGCCGGCUUCGACGAAUAUAUCACCAAGCCGGUUGAUUUCAAGAGCCUCAGCACAGCCAUGAUCAACCUGCUGGACCCUGAGGAUCCCAAAGCUGCGGCUAGGGUCUUGAAGGGCUUCACGUAA